UAACAUUUUUUCUUCUUAUCAUCUAAACUUUGCGACCUAAUAUGUCUCAAAGACGCUCGAGUCAAUCCCCAUUUCGCAUUUUUCUCCCCUGAUAUGAGUGGCGUCGUUUAUGAAUAAAGUGAAUUUUUCAUCGGUAGGUAGAGAAAAUAGACCAUUCAAAUACAACAUAAGAGAAAUUGGGACAAAAACGUAAUCUUGAAUGCCGAUAUUUAUAAUUAGCAAACUUACAAAUCAGCAGAAGCAAAACUCACACCUAGAAGGUACCUACCUACUUUAUUGCGCUUGAAUAGAGAAUAACAGGGGGUUAACAUCAAUGAAGUUUGGCUACCUGUACUAAAUUACAAUCGUAAAAUGAGGUCUUUUAAUUCGACCAAUAGAUACAAUGCCAUGCUCACCACCAGUGGAAGGAAACUAGAGACUCAAAUGUUGAAUAUACCUAGUAUGUUCUGUGAUAAUGUCUAGAGUAUUGACUCAUCGCCAUAGAUGAUGUAUACCGCAGUAGUAGAAGAAACAUCAGGCAUAAAAACCUGUAGAACACGGCUAACAAAACCGAAAAUUAGCUUCAAAUAUCUUGUGGAGAUUAAAGUAUGGUUUGUGAUUUGCUAGCGAUUUGUAGAUUUGAUGGAUUUUCAUCAAUAAUAUUAUUUAUCCGUUACUCAAUUCUUGUAUAGGAAUCUGACAUUUUUUAUAUUAUCUAACAACAAAUGGACUCAAUAUUAAACGGGUUCAAGGACUAUUUGUAGUAAAUAAGAAGUGACCGACUCGCUACUGGACAAUUCAGGAUAAGAAAACAAGAAAAUCGCGACGGAUACAUUAGAAAAAUUACAUGGAACUAAUCAAUUAAUGACGUGCAAAGUCACUAAAACAUCCAUGUGUGUUUAAUGUGACUCGAUGAUACCGGAAUAAUCAGUAGUUUCACAGCUAAUAGUCGAACAGUUCAAUAUUCUACAACGAAACAGAACUUGCGAGUUGUGGUUCAAAAAAUAAUGCCAGGUGACCAAGUGGAAAAAACCUACGCGGAAAGACAAAAAUAUCUAAUUGAAUUAAGGCGGUUGAUGAAGGAAGACGAUCUCUUGCGAAACCUUCAAAGCGACGAUGGAUAUUUGCAGAGGUUUCUGUACUGUACCGAUUUCGAUGUAGAAGAAGCAUUGAAAAGGCUGAAAACGUUCUACGAAUUGCUAGAAGAAUGCCCCGGUUGGUUCACGCGAGGAAGUCCGGAAGACAAGAGAUCCAUCAUAGAAAAAGACAUUAGAAUUGUCCCCAAUGAAUAUGAUAAGGAAGGGAGGAUAAUUUACAUAGCCAAAAUAGGAAAUAUGGAGUAUGGCACGAUGGACCUAGUGGAGGACGUGGUAUCCGUGGACGACUUCUUCGCAGAGGCUCUCUCUGAGGACUUAUCGCUCUUCAAAAACGGAGUCUGUAUCUUGAUCGACGUAGCGAAUUUCUCUUGGAAACUCAUGAAAUGGCUGAAUCCGUUCUCGAUCAAGAUGAUCUUGAAAAGAGCGACGACUAUGCCAAUAAAGGACUACCGGUUUCACGUUAUCAACAAUAAUUUCUUGGUCAAAGCCGCCAUUAACUUCAUUUGGCCCUUCCUUCCAAAAUACAUCAAAGACAGGGUGUACUUCCAUUUCAACGACUAUGACUCGCUCUAUCAACACGUGGACAAAGAGUCGCUGCCAGUGGAAUAUGGUGGAAAAAAAGAUACAGAUUAUAGCAAAUAUCACUGCAUAUUAUACGAAAGGAGCUCCCAGAUCGUUGAAAGUUUCGAAGUAAAUCGAACUAGAUUUUUGGAAAAUUUGGCAAAAAAUAAAGUUGAAAAAACGACAUAAA